AUGUCAACAACAGAUAAAGUCGACGAGGUUGCGCCUCCUCAAUUAGAUAAUUUAUUGGAACUUGAUCCAUACAUUAAGCCAUAUCAAGAUGAAAUUAAACGACGUUAUAAAGAAUAUAGGAAAAUUCUUAAUACAUUAAAUACUGAAGAAAAUGGUCUUGAUGUAUUUACAUCUGCUUAUACACAUUAUGGUAUGCAUGUUGAUUGUUGUACAAAUGAAAUUAAAAUUAAAGAAUGGGUACCUGGUGCACGUGCUGUGUAUGUUCGUGGAGAUUUUAAUAAUUGGGCCGAAAAACAAUAUUCAUUACAACGUAAUGAAUGGGGUAUAUGGACAAUAACAAUCCCACCUUUAUCUGAUGGAUCACCAGCUAUUAAACAUGGACAAGCUAUUAAAUUACUUAUCGAAACACCUUAUGGUGAAUUACUUGAUCGUCUUUGUCCAUGGUCACGUUAUGUACAACGAGCUGAAAAUUCUAAUGUAUAUCAUGGUGUUUUUUAUAAUCCACCAGAUAAUCAAAUUUAUAAAUUUAAAAAUCCUCAACCAAAAAAAAAAGAUCGUUUAAAAAUUUAUGAAGCACAUGUUGGAAUUAGUUCAUGGAAAGGUGAAGUUGCAACAUAUGAAAAUUUUCGUCUUAAUGUUCUUCCACGAAUCGUAAAACAAGGUUAUAAUACAGUUCAAUUAAUGGCUAUUAUGGAACAUGCUUAUUAUGCUAGUUUUGGUUAUCAAGUAACAAGUUUUUUUGCUGCAUCAAGUCGAUAUGGUACACCUGAAGAAUUAAAAGCAUUAAUUGAUGAUGCACAUGGUUAUGGUUUAACAGUUUUAUUAGAUAUUGUUCAUAGUCAUGCUUGUAAAAAUACAUUCGAUGGUCUUAAUAUGUUUGAUGGUACACGAGGUUGUUUUUUUCAUGAUAACGCACGUGGUUAUCAUGAUCUUUGGGAUAGUCGAUGUUUUAAUUAUAUGGAACGUGAAGUAAUGAGAUUUCUUCUUUCAAAUAUUCGAUAUUGGUUAGAAGAAUUUAAAUUUGAUGGUUUUCGAUAUGAUGGUGUUUCAUCAAUGCUUUAUCAUUCACAUGGCAUUGCACACGGUUUUUCUGGUUCAUAUAAUGAAUAUUUUGGUUUAGCAACUGAUACUGAUUCAUUUAAUUAUCUUCAAUUAGCUAAUACUGUUUCACAAACAUUAUUUCCUGAAUCGAUUACAAUUGCCGAAGAAGUUUCAGGAAUGCCAACAUUAUGCCGUCCAAUAGCUGAAGGUGGUGCUGGAUUUGAUUAUCGUUUAGCUAUGGCUAUUCCUGAUGUUUGGAUAAAAUUAUUAAGAGAGAAGAAAGAUGAAGAUUGGAAUGUUGGUGAUUUAUCAUGGACAUUAAUUAAUCGUCGAUGGUCAGAAAAAAAUAUUGCAUAUUCUGAAAGUCAUGAUCAAGCACUUGUUGGUGAUAAAACAAUAGCACAUUGGUUAUUUGAUUCACAAAUUUAUUCACAUAUGGAAGUUUUUUCUGAUCGUACGCCAACUGUUGAACGUGGUUUAGCUUUACAUAAGAUGAUUCGUUUACUAACAUAUGCAUUGGGUGGAGAAGGUUGGCUUAAUUUUGAAGGUAAUGAAUUUGGUCAUCCGGAAUGGCUUGAUUUUCCUCGGCAGGGCAAUAAUAAUAGUUUUCAUUAUGCUCGCCGACUUUUUUAUUUACCUGAAGAUGAAAAAUUAAGAUAUAAAUAUCUUAAUGCAUGGGAUCAAGCUAUGAAUAAUUGUGAAGAAGCAUAUAAAUGGCUUUCAGAUAAAAAUACAUUUAUAAGUCGACGUCAUGAAGAUGAUAAGUUAGUUGUAUUUGAACGUGGUAAUCAAGGUUUAUUAUUCGUAUUUAAUUUUCAUCCAACGAAAAGUUUUGCUGAUUAUCGUGUUGGAUGUGGUAAACCUGGAAAAUAUAAAAUUGUACUUAAUUCAGAUUCAUCCGCAUUUGAUGGCCUUGGUCGCGUUGAUGAGGGACAAGUGUUUGCAGCUGAAGAUUAUAAAUGGGAUGAAAGACCAUAUUCAUUUAAAGUCUAUACACCAUGUCGUACUGUUUUAGUAUUUGCUUUAACUGGUACUACGGCAUAA